AUGAUGAAUCGAUUCCGCAAACACAAGAAGGCGAAGGAGCCCGUGGAGGAUCAAGAAGGGGCUUCAUCAGGAUUCAGUCUGAAGCCAUCGAAGAAAAAGGAGUCACCGGAACCUACCCCAGAUUUUGACCUAUCAGCCGCAUUGCCCUCGACAGACAACUUUCGCACCAGUCUGCUAAUGCCCAAAUUGUCCGCUCGAUUUAGCAUGCUGAAGGAACAGGAUGACCCAUCAUCAAUGCUGGGCAAGGCCAGUGACGAUAGCGUGUUGUUUCCUAAGCGCGCUUCUCGACUCAAUUUAUUUGGCCACAACCCCGCAAUGCUGGCAGAUAUUGACGAGGUUUGCUCCAACGACGGUGGCCGACCCUCCCUUGCACUCGACCGCUCUGGUUCUUUCGCUUCCGGUGGGGAUGGAUACGGUACAGACGAUGACCGAUCCCAAGGGGGCAGUAUUAUGAGCAGAGCCCGUCGCGCUGAGGGCAAUAAUCUGUUUGGAGGUCGCCAGAAGAUUUACAAGAUCCCGGUUAGAUCGCCAGUCGGAACAACCCCCGAUGCGCCAGAGAGUGGUCAACGGACCAUGGGAAAAGCGGUAUAUGACCACGAUAUGAAUUUGUCUGCUUUUCAGCGGUUGCGCCUCAAAGAGAAGGAAGAGAAGACGGCGGAGGCUGCCCGGGAAUCUGGAUAUGCCACCUCAACUGCUUCAUCUAAUAGCCGGGCCACAUACUCCUCCACCGCAUCUGGACCUCUGUCAACAGUUCCCGCCUCAACUGCAGCAACCUCGGUCGACGAGUCACCGUUGAAUACAUCCCAGUCACCAAUGACUGGUUAUCCGUUCCCGGAAACCCAUCCCGAGGCCCCUCGAACCGGUCCCCCAACGUCUACCCCGCGCAAUGGUUCAAUCCGUAAUCGUCGUCUGUAUGGACAAGGAUUGACCCAGGCUGCUCAGAACCAGCAAAACUCGACCUUGAACCGCCUGGAGAGUCUGAGUCGCCAGCGAGCCGGCACGCCAGACCUCCCCUCUUUGAACCGCAACUACUCCAAAAGUGCCACUAACUUGCGGGGCCGCCUGCAAAAGCUUGCAAUUGUUGAGCCGCCUUCUACCUCACACCCCACUAGUCCCCCUUCGUCAGCAACGUCACCGAAGCCACGCAUGUCUGGGGAGGCUGCACUCGGGGACCGUCUCUCGCCCACAGCAGCAACUUUUGGGGCCCCUCCCCUGAGCCCACCCACAAGCGAGAACGACGAGGUCUCCUCGCUCUUGGCCGCCUCACUUCACCCAGAAGAUCAUGGAAAGGCUACUGCCAUGGGCUUGUUCAACCGGCCUACCACAGGUUUCGACGAGCAGGCAUUUUCCCGCCGCCAACUUCAGAUGCACCAAGGACGAGAGACUCCGCCUCCGCGCCGUGCAUCACCUCCGCGUCGACCUCUGCCUGCAGAACCCGUAGUCCGUGCUCGGGGACUAUCCAAGUCCAGCUAUCGUUCCCGAGCAGAGUCCGCAUCGUCUCACUAUAGUAGUGAUGCGCAUCGUGGCAUCGAUCAUUCGUCCAGCGUUGAGGCUUCUCCUUUCAGACCUGGGGUGAGGACUUUCUAUGCCAACUCGAGCGCUAGCGAGUCUGGCGAUGAAGGAGAGAGUCGCUCUUCGCGCGAAAACCCAUCUGCGCCUGCGCUGGCCAGCGAGUACGGCCCGCCGCUUCAGCAUCCGAGCGUAGCAUCUAACAAGUCAUCAACACCCACGAAGGAACACCUCGAAACGCUCCCCGAAGUGAGAUACUCCGAUCUUAAGGCAAUCAACGAGAACGACCUUGACUUCACAAUCUCAUCCCCUGAAACCACCGAUAACACACCCAAGAGGCCUGACUCGCCAACCCUGCAGCCUGACCAAGGCUUUAGCGGAAUGGGGGGAAUGGUUCGAUCUCACCUGCGCCAGGAGAGUGACAGAUCUUCCAUUUUCCCUCCUCCAUCCCCCCGCCAAAAUGAUAGCUAUCUUCCUAUGACCGCGGCCCAGAAAUCCACUCCCCAGCCACCGAACGCUCUUCCCAUGGUAGCACAACCCCCCGAAGAGAGUCAGCCAUCGUCAGAAACACGCUCAGGUACCACGAACUCGCAGUCUCCUUCUAGACAUUCGGCGGAGGGUACAGACUCUCGAAACAGCCAAGAAUCCUCCGCACCUGGAACUAUUCCCGACAUAGCUUCUGUAUCAAUUGGCUCUUCCUGGAGGGAGGAAUUAGAACUUCAUCAUCGUCGUCACGGGAGCACAGAGACCCAAAAGGAGCGAGAGGAAUUUGCCAUUGAGCUGGCAGAGAGGCGUAGAAAGGUGCAGGAGAAGCUGCGAAGUGUUGCUGAGAACGAAAGUCGAUCCAGCAGCCCCACCCCGGGCCGGUCAACUCCAGACUUGUCCCGGGCUGGUAAUGCAUUUGCCAUAUUGAAGCAAAAGUCUAGUAAACAGGUUGGCGGAAAGCCGGAUCAGAAGAAGCUGUUUGGUUAUGUCGGUGGCAAUUCGUCCACACCUGCUCUCUCUUCAGAUGAGUCGUGGCGUGAGGAGGAGAGGCCCUCCUUCAACUUUGGCCGGCACUCCAACUCCAGCUCUCCUCAUAUUGGAUCAGAGCGUUCGCUUAGAUCUCGUAUGCCAUCCAUAAGCCGUGACAACAGUUAUGAAGACUCGCGCGAGUCUAGCCGCAGCCGUGGUCACUCACCUUUUCGAGACCAUAGAGAUCGUGCAGGCUCUGAUGCAUCAGGCCGGUCCAAGAGUCGAACCAGACUUCGGGAACGGGAUGACCUUGAAACCGUAGACGAGGGUUCGAUCAUUGCACAUGAGAAAUUCGUUGUUCCUGAGGGCUAUGAGCCUCCUAUGCCUGUCUCGCGCCCUACAUCGAGUCGCCCAUCAGCAGAAAUGUCUGACUCUAUGAACUUCGACCGCACUUCUUCGACCGCUUCAGGCAGACGCCGCAGUACCAGCCGAUCCGGCACGCCCGGCUUCCAAUACGAACGGCCAUUCCAGUUCUCGCAGUCCAACACGUCCUCGAUCAUCGGUGCCUCGCCCCGGGCUCCACCCGCUGCCCCGGCCUAUUCUGCUAAUGCCACUCCUCCGCUGAAUGAAAUGCCGGAAUACAACUCAUCUACAUCCCUGGCUUCUGCUUCCAGCAGCUCACAGAUUCCUCAACGUGGCUUGGGGCACGGCUCCCUCUUGAAGCGCCCUGUGAACAAGAAGCAGAUCUCUGAGCCUACUUUUGUCUCAUCCACAUCAGAUGUCCCUCUCGUCGGUCUCCCACCCGGAUCUGCACUGCCUUCACCCAGUAGUGCACCUCCAGUGCCACCUAUGAACCCCCGCCGUCGUCGCGGAACCGCCACCCAAACCAUUUUGGGUGCCUUUAAGAGUGACAAAAGCGACAAGAACGACUUGUCACGGGUCUCUUCUCCCGCCCCGACCGCCGUGGAAGAACAAAGCGGCUUUCUAGAUGAUGAAAAACGUCCGCGCUCGCGCAACCGUCUCCGCAAGACUUCAAGCGAGGGCGGUAACCUGAACGGGCGUGCACGCCAGGGAUCCAUGCCUGUUUCUCCGCCGGCUGUUCCUCAGUACCCGCCUCCUGCUAUCCCCGUUGAUGGAGGCAUGUUUUAA